GAAGCAAUCUUCCAUCGACUUCUAAUUCCUCUCAGAGCCAAGUCUAGACUCCACGGGCGUUUCUCCCAAUCUUGUGCGAUCAUGCAUCUCCCUCCGCGUCGGCUCGAGCCCGGUGAUUACGAUGCGGUCCGACACUAUCAACGAUACCCUACCUUUGGCCCUCAUCCCGAGCAAUCCAACAUAUACGUCUUCGACAGCGAUGCCGGAAUCGAACCCCAUGUUUUUGCAAACAGUGAUGUCUUUGAAGAGCAUAUAUCGUCUACCAAAAAGCCCAGGAAUAGGCUUGUAUCAAUAUGUUCCCAGAACUCAAUGCGACCGCUGCGCAUUACCUACGACGCGAUACGAACCAUGAUUAACCAGUACGAUAUCGGUCCAAAAUUUCUCGAUCUUGCCCUCUCCUUUGGCGAUAAACCACAAAGUUCGAAUGCCGGACAUGGUGGAAUGACUGUUAUGCACCGCAAGGACGGAUCUUACGAUAUCCAGUAUCUCUUCACCUACGCCGAGGACUAUACUGUAAACGGAAAGAUUUCUUGGACUAUCCGACAGGUCUGCGUGUUUCAUCGCUAUGAUCCCUCAGGCUCCAGGAACUUGUGGAUUCUGUUGCAUGCUCAGCGGAACUCGAAGUUACAGCAGCAUGUCGAAGCAGCGAUUCGCGCUGAACCGGAAAUUCUGCUGUCGGACUGGUACUCGAUGCAUUCUUUGGUUUUGUCCACUUACUUGACGGGCUGGAGAUGGUGUAUUGGCAAGCUUGGUCAGGAGAUUGAGGCAACUUGCGAUGCAGCCCUGACCUUCAGCCCCUCGGACACCGACGAUGACAAGCAGAGACUUCUUGGUCUCUUGAAGCCGCAAUACCUCGGUGAUAAACUCCUACCGCUAUCAUCGCGACUGGGCGUUGCCUUGGACAUUGUCCAAAAACUUGAAGAACUCAACACAGAGCUCAACUCAAAGCGACUUACAUCCGAAGGGAGCUUUCGACAUGUCACGGAUGAGACCAGAUAUCACAGAACUAUCCUGCAGGGCUACUUAAAUAGCAUCUCUGUCCUGGAGAAGAAAGUGCAGGGAAUUUCAGAUCUGCUCGCCGUAUCCCUCAACCUCAACUACCAAGCCGUUACUGUGGAGAUCAACAACAAAAUGUUGAAACUUACAAACGCUGCAAUCCAUGACAACGCGACCGUGAAGGUCGUGACCCUGGUCACCCUUAUUUAUCUUCCUGCCAGCUUUGUCUCAACUCUCUUAGGAAUGAACCUCUUCGACUUCGACGGCGGAAACGACGGCGGCGGGUUCACCAUCUCUCGUCAGUUCUGGAUCUUUGUUAUCGCCGCUGUUCCGCUAACGCUUCUUACACUGGCCUCUUGGUAUUUUAUCACUCAGCGGCGACUUCGGUUGAUUAGGAAACAUAAGAUUUCGGACGUGGAGAAGAUGGAGUGAUGACUUGUACCAGUAUGCUGUCUUAUGGGUGGUGCUUUGUGGUUAUUUGGCAAGUUAAAGAUUGCUUGUCAUUUUUCGUUUCGGCUUUCUCAUUCGUUCAUAGACAUUUGGUGGCU